AUUCAUUCUUAAUACGAUAUUGGGCAUUAAAAAAAACACCAAUAUUUGGGGGAAUAAUUCUCAAAUUUCAAUAUUAUGCUGAUUGUUGACUAGUAGACAGCACAAAUUCAUCUGGAUUCUUUUCCAACAAAAGAAAAACAUCCUCUUUCUGCUUUCAAGUUGUACCCUUACAGGCUACAAUAAACACAGUACACUUGUCAAGCUUCUUGGCUUUUGUUCUUCCCUCUUUCCCUCUCUCUUUCUCUUGGACAACUAUUUCAAGUGUUGCUGAAGCUUCAUCAAUUUAAAUCCCUAAAUUUAAAGUCAUCUGCCUUUCUUCAUUCUUGCUAGAAAUAUUUGGUGACUCUUAUUCACCUUCCAAGUUAAUGUCUCAAUGGCUAAGAAGCAGCAUAUUGCAAUUUAUACAACGGCCAGCUUACCAUGGAUGACUGGUACUGCUGUGAAUCCACUGUUCCGUGCUUUCUAUCUCGCAAAAGAUGGGGAGAGGAAGGUUACUUUGGCAAUUCCUUGGUUGUCUAUAAAUGAUCAAGGACUUGUAUACCCUGACAACAUAACGUUCAAGUCAGCCAAAGAACAUGAGGCUUAUGUGCGCAAAUGGUUGGAAGACCGGACUCGAAUGAUUUCUCGGUUUGAAAUUAAGUUUUAUCCUGGAAAGUUUGCUGUAGAUAAAAGGAGCAUUCUUCCCGUUGGAGAUAUCACUGCUGUCAUACCAGAUGAAGAGGCAGAUAUAGCAGUCCUUGAGGAACCCGAACACCUAACUUGGUUUCACCAUGGAAAAAGAUGGAAAGCAAAAUUCCGGCUGGUUAUUGGGGUUGUGCACACCAAUUACUUGGAAUAUGUUAAACGAGAGAAGAAUGUUGUCCAAGCUUUUCUUCUAAAACAUGUAAAUAGCUGGGUGAUCAGUAUCUACUGUCACAAGGUAAUUCGAUUGUCUGCAGCCACUCAAGAUCUUGAAGGAUCUAUAAUAUGUAAUGUUCAUGGGGUCAAUCCCAAAUUUAUUGAGGUAGGCAAGAAAAAGAAAGAAGAAUGUGAAAAAGGUGAAAUUGCCUUCACCAAAGGGACCUAUUAUAUAGGUAAGAUGAUAUGGAAUAAAGGAUAUAGGGAAUUGCUUAAACUUCUUAAGGACCAUCAAAAAGAGCUAGUUGGUCUUGAGGUAGAUCUCUAUGGCACUGGAGAGGACUCUAAUGAAGUCAAGGUAGCAGCCAAGAAGCUGGAAUUACCAGUAAGAGUGUAUCCUGGACGUGAUCAUGCUGAUCCUUUAUUUCACGACUACAAAGUGUUUCUCAAUCCAAGCACAACAGAUGUAGUCUGCACGACUACAGCAGAAGCACUCGCCAUGGGCAAGAUUGUCGUCUGUGCCAACCAUCCGUCUAAUGAAUUCUUCAGGCAAUUUCCUAAUUGCUUCAUUUAUGACGACAGUAAAGGCUUUGUUGCAACGAUCCAGAAAGCAUUAACCGAACAACCAACACCGUUAACUGAUGCACAGCAGCAUGAGUUAUCAUGGGAAGCUGCAACACAAAGAUUUUUGAAUGUCACUCAAUUAGACCAAGUAUCUACUCCGAGACUCUCGACAAGACAUUCCACUAAAAAAUUUGCCUCUUUGUCCUCGUCUAAUAUGAAGAAAAAGCUCGAAGACGCCUCAGCGUACAUACAUAAUGCAGUGUCGGGGUUUGAAUUUACUCGGACUGCUUUUGGUGCAAUCCCCGGGACCCUAAAACCCGAUGAAGAAAUUUGCAAGGAGCUGGGGUUGUAAUGAUAAAUCGAGCUUUUUAAGGUAAAUAUUUAGUUACUCGAAAUCUAUGUAUUAUUAAUUUGAUCUAUACAUAUGUAGAGGUGUGUUCCUAUAAUUUGCUUUUCCCCCUCUCUUCUCCCUGAGUUUUUAUGAUUUAGAUUAUGAAUGACUAUACACGCCAUUCAUUUGUGCUUUUAAUUUACUUAAAGUUGUAGAUAAUGUUUGUUAUACAGUAUAAAAGUAUUGGUGGUGUCGUGGGAGCCCAAAA